UUAUAGAUGAAGAACUGAGAGGUUAAGUACAGCUAGCAAGUUGCAGAACUGGGAUCUGAACCAGCCUUCUGUACUGAGUAGAUGAGAUAGCGCACGUCGCAGAUCUGCAAUGUGGGUCUGCUCUGCCUGUUUGACAGAUGCAGCCUCAGGCUCGCUUGCUUCCCACUAUGAUGUCCCGCUUCACAAUGCCAUAGAAAAGCAUAGGAGAUUCAUCUAACUCAGACCAAGGGUUGGAGAUGGUUUCCCAGAGGGGAUGAUUCUUGAGGUGUGUAUGAAGUAUGAGUUGGAGAAGGGCAUUCUGGGCAGAGAGAACAGUAAGCACCAAGAUACAAAGGCAUUAAGGAGCCUGAUACAGCUGAGGAACUACAUGUGAUUCACCAGGACUAGAGGAGAUGCAAGGGUGAGCAAUAGCAGUUGAAGUUAGACAUGUGGGCGGGCAGGAGAAAGCUCUGAGUUCUUGGAGUUCAUCCUGACAGCAAUAGGGGUUAUAGAAUUAUUGUUUAACUAUGAAGUGCCAUCAUCAGAUUUGGAGAUAGCUUGGAGGGAGGCCAGAUCAUUAAGAGGGCUUAUUAGACGCUAUUACAAUAAUCAAGUCAAAUCUGAACCAAGGCACUGGCCCUCAAGAUAGAGAAUAUAAAUUCGAGGUAUAUUCAUUGUAUAGAUGCCUUAUUUUGUGUGUUCAUUAUUCAUUAGCCCAGGAUAUCCCAUCAUCUAUAGGGUGAAGUUGAAAUUCCUUAGGAUGCCAAAGAAGAGCCCGUUCUAUCUGGCCCAGCCUCCAUUUCAGUGGGUUGCUUACCUGGAGGAGUGUGCACAGGUGGCCCCCGUACACCAAUCUGCUCACCAUCCCCUCACAAGCUAUGAUUCCAACUCCUCUAUAUCUUUGAAAAUAUUGUUUCCUGCAUCCUUCAGAUGCCCUUUUCUCUAUCCUCUUGGCAAACUCUUACUGUUUUCUCAAAACCCAUCUGAAAUGUCACCUCAUUUAUUUAACAAACAUUUACUGAGCGCCCGUAUAGUUGACAUCCUCUUGGUAUGAAAUGCUUUGAUGAUGCACAAGAAGAGAUGGGUAGUCUCCCAACAUGGCCAUUGGGUGACUUCACCUGAAGAAUCUUCUCCUUUCUCCUGCCACCUACUCCAUUUCUUAUCCUCCUGAUACCAGUGCUUUUCCAACAGUUAGAGUGCAUAUGAAUUACCUGGGAAUCUUACUAAAAAUGCAGAUCCUGAUUCAGUGGUUCUCGGGCUGGUGGGGCUCGAGAUUCUGCAUUUCUAACAAGAGCUCAGGUGAUGCUGACGCUGUGGUCUGCAGACUGCGUUUGAGUAGCAAGCCUUAUACAUUUUCUCAGUAUAGUCUGAUGAAAAAGCAAUAAAGGCAAUUAUUUUUGUUUUUCUACAUUGAACUCUUUAUUGAGGUGAAAUUUACAUACAGUGAAAUGCAGAGUUUAAACAUACAAUUCAAUGAGUUUUGACAAAUGGAAACACACAGCCCUGUAAUCUACACCCCAAUAAAGAACAUUUCCAACAUCCCAGAAAGUGCCCUUGUGCCCCUUUCCAUUUCCUCCUCCAAGUUAAGAUGGUUCCAUUGUUGUUGUGUGGCAUUGAGUUAAUUCCGACUCACAGCAAACCUACAGGACAGAGCAGAACUGCUCCAUAAGGUUUCCUAGGCUGUAAUCUUUAUGGGAGCAGUUUUCCUGGGACCCCAAAUGAUGCAGUCCAAGGAAAUAGCUUUCUGAUUCAGGAGACUUGAUCAAAAGAUAAUUUUAAAGAGAAACACAAAAAACUGUGUAUCUUCUAAGCACUGCUUCAUAAAGAUGGUAAACUACUGAUCUAACUAAUCAUUGGAGUGGUUUUUAGUUCAUUUUUCAAUACACAAUUCCACAUGCCAGGUCCUAUGCUUGGUGUGGAAUACCAAGGUGAACAACAUGGCCCUGUCCUCAGGAAGCUAGCUCAAGUCUAUCAGGGGAAACAGACAAGGAACCUGGCAGAAGCUUUCUGGAAGAGAGAAUUCUGGGGCAUGGGGCAUUCCUGACUGAGGCAGGGAAGGCUGGGGAGGAUGACAGGAAGUAAACGAGUCAUUAACAAAUCUCAUAUUUUAUACAUCUUAAUCUUGUAUAGAACUUUGCAAAAGUUCCCUUACAUAUCUCAUUUAACAUAACCUUGUGACAAGGCAGAUACUCCCAUUUUAUAGCUAUGAAAACUGAGGCUUAGAGAGGUUAACUUAAAGUCAUACACUGGUAAGCUUUAAAGCAACUGCCCCAUAGGGUUUCCGAGUCUGUAAUCUUUCUUUACAGGAGCAGGUCUUUCUCCCGUAGAGCCACUGAGUAGGUUCCACUGGGUGAGUUCGAACUACCAACUUUUUGGUUAGCAGGCAAGUGAUUAACCAUUGUACCACCAGGACUUCUUAUAAAGCAAUGCGUUUAGCACCUAGGAAAGCUCUGUCUCCAUACCACAGAUGCUCCAGAAAGUUCUUGUGUGGUGUUGAGGCCAGCUCAGUGGCAGGAAUCACAGGAGUGCUCUCUUCAGGAACCCAGACACUAGCCCACCCAUGAACAUUAGGCCUCGCAGGCCACCUGUGCCCUUGACAAUACAUUCCCUCCUGGGAGGGGAAUUUCCUCAGAGGAGUGUCUUUCCUGCAGGAUCUCCCUGUGUUAGGGUCUCCAGUCCUGACCACCCCUCGCGGAAAGGCUAUACUAAUUGCUGCCCACACUCAUUUGUGUUUUAGCAUCUUGCUUCCUGCUCCUGCACCAUGAAAAUCCCACUUUGUGACCUCCUGCUGCUCAGCCUAUUCUCCAGUGUGUUCAGCAGUUGUCAGAGGGACUGUCUGACCUGCAGAGAGAGACUCCACCCAGCCCUUGACAGCUUCAACCUAGAGGUGUGCAUCCUCGAGUGUGAAGAGAAGGUCUUCCCAAGCCCUCUCUGGACUCCGUGCACCAAGGUCCUGACCAGGAGGUCCCAGCAGCUCAGUCCUACUGACCCAGAGCACGUGGCUGCCGCUCUUUACCAACCAAGAGCAUCUGAGAUGCAAAAUCUGAAGCGAAUGCCCCGUGUAAGGAGCCUAUUCCAAGCACAGGAAGACACAGAGCCUGGCAUGGAUGAGGCUGGAGAGAUGGAGCAGAAGCAGCUGCAGAAGAGGUUCGGGGGCUUCACUGGGGCCCGGAAGUCGGCCCGGAAGUUGGCCAACCAGAAGCGGUUCAGUGAGUUUAUGAGGCAGUACCUCGUCCUGAGCAUGCAGUCCAGCCAGCGCCGACGCACCCUACACCAGAAUGGUAAUGCGUAG